AAGGUUAUCGGACUUGCAGGUGGACCCUGAACAACCUUGGUGGCUUAAAAAAAAAUCCGAUGUUUGGAUGAACCCCAAAGGUUGUUUGCAGAGUCAACAGAAUGCAGAGCGAGAGCCCAGCUCUCUCUAGUGCCCCUUAUUUCCCCUACAAACAAGAACAGGGCAUUAUAUCUCUGCCCGCCCCCCCCCCCCAAAAAAGCCCUUGUAAUUUUGAAGAGUUCUUCCUUCCCCUUCCCUCUAGAUUUCACAAGGAGCUUCUUUGCCCAGCGAUGGAGUUUUUCAUUCUGCUAGUUCUCGCCUUCUGCUGCUGCCGAGCCGGUCCUCUGCAGACACAAGACUUGGACUGUGACGACCCCGCUGUCUUCAACGCUGUGGAUCUAGCGCUGCAGGAGUUUAACGGGAGGAGUAUCCUCGACCACAAGUCUGCUCUGGUCGUGGUCGACAAAGCCAGGAGAAUAACAGGUCCUGACGCAAGUUUCUUUAUUGAGGUGGCCUUCCGGGUAGAGGAGACCGUUUGUUCCAUUGGAGAAGACAUUCCGUGGCAAAAGUGUGAGUUCAGAGUGCCGGCAGCCAGAGGCAAUUGCGAGGCUCAAGUUUACUUUGACAACUUACGCAACUUUUUGAAUGUUUCCCAGGCAUGCGGCUUUGUCCCAGGUGCAGCUACGGUGGCUGUAACCCACGCAACCUGCACCGGUUGCUGGACCCCGUUAUCCCCCGACAAUCUGCAACUCCUGCCCCUUGUGAGAUACACCAUACGGCGCUUUAACAACCAAACCAGCCACCCCUCCUUGUUUGAAGUUUUGGAAAUCACAAAAGCCCAAAGUCAGGUAGUAGCAGGAUGGAAGUAUGCGUUUGAGUAUUUGGUAAAAGAAACAAAUUGCUCCAAGGCUAAAUUCCCGGACCUGACUCCAGAAUGCAAGCGCAUCCCUGAAGGUCGUGUAGGUAAAUGUAUCGCUGUUGCCCACGUCAAUAUUAGGCACGACCUUUCCUUCGCUGUGCAGGACUGCAGACUGCAAGUCGAGGAAGAGGUUUCCCGCAGUCGUAGCUGUCCAGGUUGUCCCAGGCAUCUUCCAACUAACAGCACACAACUGAAGGAGCCAAUGAAGGCGGCCCUGGAGACGCAUAACUCGAAGAACAACACUGAUGCCUAUUAUGAAGUUGAAGAAAUAUUAGACGCUACAGUCCAGGUGGUGGCUGGAACAAAAUACCAGGUAGAAUUCAUCAUUGUGAAGACAAACUGUACGAAGGAUGACUUCCGGAAGCAGAGCGAAGACUGCCACCCCGAAAAUAACGGAGAAAGACAGCACUGCACCGCUUCGAUUCACGUGAUACCCUGGCAGUUGAAAAUCUUUCCUAAUGUAACCUGUGUGGUGUCUGAACACAGGGCAAUGGCGUACGCUGCCUGGCCCCCUGGAAUGACCCCUUUCCGAAGUCUUAGACUUGCAGAAACCUCACCCCCUAUGGAAAGCAAAAGAAUGACUGCAAAUCAAAAGGCUCAUCCCUCUGGCUCAAGAAGAGGUCUAGGGUCUGUAGUGCCCCCUGCCUUGGGCCACCACCAUGGACAAGGACAAACGAAAGAGACGUCUGCCGAAGACUCUCGUGAAGGUGUGGGAAAGCAAGGAGAAAUCUCAUUGGGACCCGUAGCCAAGAUCCUGAACGUUCAGCCGUCCCUUUCCAAGCCCUGUCUGCAAGAGGAAGAGGCCAACGAAGGUGGCGCUGGGUGCCCCACACCGCCCUCUCAGCAAGAAAGCACCAGUGAUUCCCCUGAUUUUUCUAACUCUGAUUUAGUCUCGGAUGCUCCUAAGUGUCCAGGAAAACCCUGGAAACCAAUCACAACUGACCCAGAACUAGCGUUUGGUGUUGGAGACAAUCAAGCAACCUUGCCUCCCGACCAACAAGAUUUGACCUUGGCCGAUGCGCUCGGCCUCUGAGUCUGCGGCUCAGCAGUAGAGCAUCUGCUUUGCAAGCAGAAGGUCCCAGGUUCAAUCCCCAGCUUCUCCAGUGAAAAGGAUCAGGAAGGAGGUGAUAUGGAAGACCUCUGCUUGAGACUCCGGAGAGCCUCUGCCGCUCUGAGUAGACAAUCAUGACCCUGUUAGAUUCAUUGUUAGCGCUUUAUUAUUCCUUCAGAAAUAUACCGUAGAUCUCGCAGCAGUGGUCGUCUUGGAACAACUGGGCUGCAUAUAAACAUAACUGAGAAACAGCAGUCCCAAAAGGUUCUUCCUCCCACUGUUAUGUCCUGCUUCCUCCUGACUUUUGUCGAUUUCAAAACAGCCCAGGAGAGCCCCAGAAGAGCGAGUACAGCUUGGGCUGGCUGAAUCUCUAGCCAGCAAAAGCAGGCCUCGCUAGCCUGGGGCUCUCCCCUAUCUUGCAUCAGGUUGCUUUUGGCUGGGGGGGUGGCAUAUGCUAAUGAGUUAUGCUAAUGAGCUCCACCACCUAUUUAUCUACAAAACGACCCCUGCAUUUGCCACAUUAAUUUUUCCUUUCAGAAAACAAAGGCCCCAAAUUUUACAAUGAGUUUUACAAAUCCAGAGAUGAGGGAACACAGAGAUGUGUUCUUGAUGACACAGGCGCUGACCAAUAAGCAUUUGCAGCAGAUUUGCAGAAAUGGCUCUCCCAGAGCUCAGCCUUGUACAGCAAAUGAGUUGAACAGUCCAUGAAAAGUGUGCUUCCAAGCAUCCUAUAUGCUCAAAUAAUGUUAUGUUUGUAUGCAGCCCAGUUAACCUGUCAUCUAUGAGUGAGUUUCAAGUGCAACCAAACUUUCUGAGUGAAAACAAUUUUUUCCCAGGAGCCACUGCAAGCAAUUUUGGUGAAGUCAAUAGAAUUAUACUAGCAAUGAAACAGUAAAAAAGAUUAUAUAACAGUC